CUGUCGGCAGCCGUUGGUUGGGAGCGGCACUUACUUCCGCGUGGAGCGAGCGCGCGGGCGAGCGAGCACUGUCCGGUGACACCGAAGGGAAGGGAAGGAAAGGGAAGGGAAGGCGGGCGAAGAUGCAGCAAAUCCCCGAGGACAUAAAGAGCCUGAUUACAGAUAUUGACAUAUUUAUAAACGAGAUACUAAAGGGAGAAAACUUGACAAAGAAGGCAAAAGAGAAAAAAGAAACGCUUUUGAAAAAGCUUAAGAUUAUUAAAACAAGCUAUCCCCAGGAGUUCCAAGAGAGAGGCGAAUCGGAUGAUUCUGACAGCCAUGAAGAAUCUUUACUCGAUGGUGCUUCAAUAGCAUCUGAUCGCAAUGAUAACCAAGAAGAAGUUCAACGUUCCCCUCCAAUACCUGCACAGGAACUAAAUCAAAUUCUGAAGGCUGGGUAUUUGGAAAAGCGUCGAAAAGAUCAUAGUUUUUUUGGAUCAGAAUGGCAGAAACGGUGGUGUGUACUAAACAACAACAUUUUCUAUUACUACGGAACAGAAAAAGAUAAACAACAAAAAGGUGAUUUUGCCAUAGAUGGAUAUAUAGUCCAGCUCACUGCUAUUAUGAGGAAAGAUGCAAAGAAGGACUGCUGUUUUGAACUUACAGCUCCCGAUAAACGUCUAUAUCAGUUUGCCGCAGCCACUUCCACUGAGGCUGAGGAAUGGGUUGAGCAACUUCAAUUUGUGUUAAAAGACAGAGAAUCUGGUGUAAUCCCAGUAGAUGAUGAUUGUGAAGAAAUGUAUGACGAUAUAGAACCAGAAGUUAAUGUUGUAAAACCCAACCAAGAACCAAUAGAUGAAGACAUUUAUGAAGAGCUUCCAGAAGAAGAGGACAAUUUAUUACAACCUUCACCAACAUUAAAUGAAGUUGACGAGAAAAAGAGCCUACAUGCUGAUGGGAAUAAAACAGAGAAAGAGAGUGACUAUGUCAACUACUAUCAAGGCUUGUGGGAUUGCUCGGGGGACCAGGCUGAUGAACUGUCUUUUAAACGUGGUGAUGUCAUUUACAUUGUUAACAAGGAAUAUAAUGCAUUUGGGUGGUGGAUAGGAGAAAUGAAGGGAAUGAUUGGCUUGGUGCCUAAAGUGUACCUAAUGGAGAUGUACAAUAUUUGAGAAGGUCUGGCACGAACAACUCAAUAUAUUUGUGACUUCAUACCAGCUUUAUAUAACAUCUUUGGUGAAUACCUAGCCAGUAUAUUUUCAUUGGUUUCAAGACCUGUCAUUACAACUUAAUCAAUUGUAGACAAACUCAAAAUCGAAGGGGAUGAGGCUGAUUUUCCUUCCUUUCCCCCAGAGUAUCUUGAAGUAACUGUAAGCACUGUUUUCUGUCUUGUCUGUUUCACUUUAUUGAAUCUUGUUCUAAUGUUCCAGUCUGCAAAUUUUACGGUUCAAAUAAAGUUUAAUUGUGUGCAAACUGUUGUUAUGCUAAUAAUUUAAAUGCCUGCUGUGUAACUAAUGAAAUUACUGUGUUAUGAUUAAUUUGGAAACUGGUAUGUUGAUUGUAGUAAUUGAACACAACAAGGUGAAGUAAAUGAUUAUGAUGCCAUAUGGCCUGUUAAUCUCAAAUUUUAAAGAGGAUAACAUUUUCUUCCAAUAAUUUUUUAAUACUUAUAAACAUAGUUUUUGGCAGAUCGUAAAUUCAUUAAGAUGCUUAGUUGCAGUUAAGUCUCAUAACAUUUGUACUGAAAAUCUCAGGUUUUGGUGUAAAUCUUGAAUUUAACAAGAAAAAUAAUUUCACCUGUUGAUUAACUUGAAUAAAUAAACAUUUUUUCAGUGUCU